AUGAUGCGUCGUUUAACCUGUCAAGGACCUCUGCUCCGGCGAGGGCUCCUCGCGGCGACGCGUCGUCAUCAGGCCUCGGGGGCUGCGGAGCGUCGUCUUUUAUACGAAAACGACUCCUUCCUCAGCGGGAGCUCCGCGAUCUACAUCGAGCAGCUCUACCACGAUUGGAAAAAAGAUCCCACCUCGGUGGAUCCCUCGUGGCGGGAGAUUUUCACCUCCCAGGGGCUUCACGAUUACGAGCAACCCCUUCUUCCGCAUCCGAUUCGCAUCCUUCCCCCGGAGGGCGCCACCGCGGGGGAGAUUAAACAAUCCUUGGAGGAUUGCGAUAAACUCACGCGGAUGAUCAGGUCGUUUAUCGAGAACGGCCACCUCGCGGCGAAGACGAACCCGUUAGAGGAUGACGAGGAGCUCGUCGACUCCGGGAUGGGCGCCUCGGGAACGAAAUCGCACGCGUUGAACGAGGCCUUCGAUUUCAGCCUCGCGCACUUUGGGUUUUCCCCGGCGGAGGCGGAAAAAGUGGUGAAGGUGGGGUUUCUGGAUGAGGUGGGUGGGGUUUUCCGCACGGAUUCGGCCCCGAUGACGAUUCGUGGGCUUUAUGAACUGCUGAAACGUCGGUAUUGCGGCAAAAUCGGGGUCGAGUGCUCCCAUGUCAAUCAAGAGGACGAGAUGCGGUUUAUUCGCACCGAUAUCGAACUCGGGGGUGGGGAUAGCCUUCUGAAUCACGAGUUUACCAAGGACGACAAGCGGUUUAUCUGGGACCUCGUCGCGUCCUCGGUCUUUUUUGAGGAUUUCUUCACCCGGAAGUACUCCACGCAUAAGCGGUUUGGUUGUGAUGGGGCGGAAUCCCUCGUCGUGGGGCUUCGCGCGAUUUUGGAAACGAGCGCGAGCUACGGGGUGGAGAAGAUCAACCUUGGGAUGGCGCAUCGGGGUCGGCUGAAUGUCCUGCACAACAUCAUCGGCAAGCCGUUUGAGGUGAUUCUGAAGGAGUUUCUCGGGCUCUCCCGGGGCGAACUCGCGCCGUUCGCGAUGCAGGCGGAUGUGAAAUACCACCUCGGCUGCCGCGCCGCCCUCCCGCUCCGCGGCGGGCGCCGGAUCGAGACCGAGAUGCUCUUCAACCCCUCCCAUUUAGAGGCGGUGAACCCGGUGCUGCAGGGCUUCACCGCGGCGGAGCAGCUCACCCGCGGCGCCGCCGCGGUGCUGCCGAUCGAGAUCCACGGCGACGCGUCCUUUGCCGGCCAAGGGGUCGUCUACGAGGCGAUGGGGCUCGCCGCGACGCCGAAGUUGGGGACCCACGGCACCAUCCACGUCGUCUGCAACAACCAAAUCGGCUUCACCACGGACCCGACGGCGAGUCGGAGCAGCGUCUACUGCACGGACCUCGCGCGGGUGUUGGGGUGCCCGGUCCUGCACGUCAACGGGGACGCCCCCGAGGCGGUCUACCGCGCCGGCGUCUUCGCGGCGACCUACCGCGCGCGGUUUCGCCGCUCCGUCGUGGUCGACCUCGUCUGCUACCGCCGGUUCGGGCAUAACGAGAACGACGACCCGCGGAUCACGCAGCCGCGGAUGUACGCCCGCAUCCAGGCGAUGCCGAACCUCUUUCGCAAGUACUCCGACGCGCUCAUCGCGGAGCGGGUGAUCGCCUCCGGGGAGUUCCUGACGAAGGCGAUGGAGAUGAAAGCCCGGUAUGGCGGCGCCGCGGAGGCCGCGAACGGGGUCGCCUACGCGCGGUACCUCCGCGAGAGCAUCCCACCCAAAUGGCGCGCGAUGAAGCACUCCGAUGAGCCGGGGAACGUCGUGCAAGGCCGGACCGCGAUCACGCCCGAGGUCGUGGAGGCCACCCGCCGCGCGUGGGAGCGGCUGCCCGCCGGGUUUGUCAUUCAUCCACGCCUCCGUGGCGAACUCGCGCGGCGGCGGCGGAGUUUUUCGCUCGUCUCGCCAUCCACCGGGUUGAAAUGGGCCGACGCGGAGGCCCUCGCGUUCGCCGGGUUGUUGUGGGAGGGCCACGACGUCCGCGUGAUCGGGCGCGAUGUCGAACGCGGCGUCUUCGCCCACCGCCACGCCGUCCUGCACGAUUACGAAAAAAUCGGCACCUUCACCCCCCUUCAACACCUCCAACCCGUCGACGAGCUCGCGAGCCCGACCAACACGGGUGGGGACGGGCAGCCCGCAGGCGCCACGCGAACCCUCGGGCGGUUUAUGAUCUCGAAUACCCCGUUUAACGAGUACGGCGGGCUCGGCUACGCCGCGGGGUUCGCCCUGGAGGAUCCGAAUCGGUUGGUGUUAUGGGAGGUCCCCUACGGCGACCUCGCCAGCGGCGCCGCGAUCGUGUUCGACCAAUUCCUCUCCGCCGGCGAGGCGAAGUGGAAUCAACCGCAAUCCUGCAUCGUCGCCCUCCCACACGGGUAUGACGGGGAAGGCCCGGAGCACUCCAGCGGGCGACUCGAGCGCUUUCUGCAAAUGAGCUCGGAGGACCCCGAGCGGAUCGCGCCGUCCGUUACCGAGGCCGCGACCGGGAAUUACUUCUCCCGCGCCGGCCGUUCGCAUCGGGUGAAUUGGGAAAUCGCCUUCCCGACGACCCCGGCGCAGUACUUUCACCUGCUUCGCCGGCAAUGCAAGCGGAAUUACCGCAAACCGCUGAUCCUGUUCUUCUCGAAGCGGUUUCUCGACGCGCCGAACGUCUCGUCGCUCGCGGAGGUGUUGAAGGGCGGGUUUGAACCGCUGUUGAAGGAUCCCACGGCGGCCGCGCGGGGAACCCGGCGGGUGGUGUUUUGUACAGGGCAAAUUUACCACCUCUUGCAGGCCCAUCGCGCCGCGAAGGACGGCGCGCGGGCGGGGGGGUUGACGGCCUCGGAAAGCGCCAAAACGGGGGGAAAUCAAUCGGAAUCCUCGCGGGAAUCCCCCCUUCAUGAUAUCGCGCUGAUUCGGUUGGAGGAGUUAUCCCCAUUCCCCGCGGCGGAGGUCGCCGGGGUGUUGCGGGAGUACCCCGACGCGGAGUUGGUGUGGGCGCAGGAGGAGCCGCGGAAUAUGGGCGCGUGGGCCUACGUCGAGCCCUUCUUCGACGCGAUCACCCAGGGGAAACGACCGCUGCGGUACGUCGGACGCCCCAUCGCGGCCUCCCCGGCGACCGCGGGGAAGCAAAAACACGAAUCGAUGCAGCGCCACAUCUGUGAAAGCGUCUUUGAGGAUUAA